AUGAAAAAGACGGCGGCGAAGGGAGAGGUCAUCGAGGGCACUGGGGCCGUCCGCCGGAGCUGGCGAUGGUCGCCAUACAACCGCCUUACGGCCUGCUGCGCGCGUGAUGCCUUUCUCUUCGCCGCGACAGAGGAGGGGGAUGUGGUGGUGUGGGACCUUCGCCGUCGCGGCCCUCGCGCCUCCGCGGACGACGCGUGGCGUGGAAAUCUCACCGAGAUCGUGCAGAACGGGGUGAAGGUCGCCAUCACAGGGAUCUACGCGCCCCACGCCAUGGCCUUUCUGACUUGCGCCCUUGACGGAUCCGUCGUUUACUGGACCCGCCAAGCCGAGGACGAGGCGUGGGAGGGCAUUCUAGCCAACCCGCAAAGCCCCAACGGUGAGAAUAUAGAUAAUGAGGCCGAGGUGGUGAGAAGGGGCUGCGCGUCAGGGUGUGUUGCGAUGGCCGGCGACGGCAAUCUGGCCGCGGUGGUGCGGGAGCUUGGGGAACUUGAGGUGUAUUGGUGUCCAUAG